AUGCUCGACCAGCUCAAUGCUGUGUCACUGUUGCCAACUCUGCUCGACCUCUUCCUCUUGUCACAACCAGCACUCCAUGACCAGUUUAUGGAACAAGAGUACAGUCCUUUAGGAUCUGUCAGAGUUACGGGAUCGCUGUCAGAGCAUGCAGAUCCUCCUGUCGGUCAACUUCCCCAAGACGUGGUGCUCUAUGGCACCUCCAGUUUCGUCAGUGGCGAACAACCCUCCCUGCCUCAGCAGGACAUGUACUCUGAGGGGCAAACCCUAUUCAACUCUUCAGAACCACUUCUCCCCAAUGCGCAGGGGAGCCAAGACAAGGUACAGUGCGCCUGGCCUGGAUGCUCAAGACUUGUCAAGAAGGAGAACCACACUCGCCACAUGAAUGAGAUGCGUCUGUGGAAGGUUAAGGCUGUCUGCGCUGGCUGUGGAAAGGGAUUUGCACAUCCAUAUAUGAAGAAGGAUCAUAUCUGUUGGGCCGAAAUCAGAAGUUCCUAG